GUGAGUCGUGAGCAAUUGUAUCACUUCCCCAUACCUCAGGAACAAAUCAAAAAUAUUUGAGACCUAAACAUAAGUUAAGUCUGGAACCUUAUGCGACCCAGACGCCUCGGCAACUGUCAAUCAAGAAAGUUUCCCCGACCUGCCACUCAUGAGAUCAUGACUGGAAGAAUGCUGCUUUACCUCACCGCGGGCUGCCUUCUCACCUGCCUUGCGCACGGUACACAGCCCGCCAUAAAGGUCAUCCUGAGCGAGAAAGGGCUUCAGUACGUGAAGGAGAUGGGCGCCGAGUGGCUACUGCAGAACCUGGGGAGCGCGUCGCCUCCGGACGUCCACGGGAAGCUCAGCCUGAGCCUGGGGACGGUCUAUUACUCCAUCAUGGGCAUGGCCGUGACGUACUGCGAGUUCGCGGAGCCGUCGGUCGAGUUCUAUGAAGACGUGACCGGAUUCAAAGCAGUGAUCUCAGGCCUCUACAUACAAGUGAAAGGCGCCUGGUCAGCCUCAUACGGCAUUUUCGAGGACGGCGGGGCCUUCGAGCUGGUGAUCCGGGACCUGGAGGUGGACCUGCUCCUGGGUCUGGGGAUGGACGCAGACGGUCAGCCGUCCUUCCGGUGCGCCGCCUGCGGGGCCUCGGUUGGGUCGGCCGGCCUGAACCUGAUAGAUGCCAGCUGGAUCAUUGAACAAUUUAUUGAUGAAGAGCUUAUCAGAAGUACAAUAGAGGAAAAGAUCUGUCCGAUGAUAACAGAACGCUUGGAUGAGCUUGAGUACCGCCUAGCGGCCCUUGGUGCCACCUUCCAGGUGAAUCAUCUUCUGGCCGUGGAUCUUCCCCUCACCAGCUACCCGGUGGUCAACUCUUCCUGCCUCAGCCUCUCCCUGAAGGGAAUGUUCCACCGUCCUGACAGCCCGGUGGACCCCCCGUUCGAGCCCCAGCCCUUCUCCCUGGACGGGCAGCCGGGCUACAUGCUGUCCCUGGGUCUCUCCGAGUACACCACCAACUCAGCCUCCCACGCCUACUUCGUAUCGGGGUCGCUGCAGCUCCUCAUCACAGACAGCAUGAUUCCUCCCAGCUCUCCGUUGCAUCUGAACACCAACUCAUUUGGACCCUUCGUCCCAAAGCUUCCCAAAAUGUUCCCUGACAUGGAGAUGCAGCUGCAGGUCUUCGCCCUGGAGGCUCCUGAGUUCAUGUUCAGGUCCGGGGUUGUUCGAAUGGACGUACACGGGGCCAUCAAGGCCUUCGUCGUCCGCCCAGAUGGCACCUUCAUCUUCCUCUUCAGGCUCAACCUGGAAUCCACCUUCAGUGGAAAAUUCCGUAUGGCCAACGAAAAAUUAACGGGCGCCAUCGCACUGGAAAAUCUCUACCUAACCCUGGACUCGAGUGAAGUUGGAGAAGUUCAGACUGACGCUUUGAAAAUCGCCAUUAAGUUCGGAAUAAAGCUCUCAGGAUUGCCAAGGUUGAACGCAAAGCUUGCCAAGGGCAUUGAUUUACCCACAAUGCAACACGCCCAUUUGACUAACCUUGUCCUGGAGGUAGAGGAGGGAUUCAUCUCAGUCUUAUCAGAUGCAGAGAUAAAGCUGAGGGAGGCCAAAGUUGGAACACCUUGGAUGGUCUAACUGCGGUGUAGUUGGACCCAAACAUCUUCUCUGGCCUUAUGAUUGUGAUAUUUCUUAAAGCUUGAGCCCAAGGCCAGAUUGGAUUAACCGCUACGUGAUCAAUACUAGCACAUCUUUGUUCGUUUCUGUCUGGGUCAUAGAACAAUUGUUUUGUUCAUUGAUCCCAAGCUGUUCUCUGGUGAUUUCAGUGAUACGACAAUGUGUGAAUGUAAAAGUUGUUUCUGUAACAAUUGCAGGGGAAUAUGAAUGAGUGAGUAGACACUAGAACAUGAUCAUCCUCAUCAUGAUCCAGACAAUCGCUUGUAAACCGAAAACAGGACAAUGGAUUACUGGAACAAUGAAAAUCUCUUUUAUUAUUAUUAUUAUUAUUAUUUUGCUGUGAAUCAUUCGUCAGUCACAUGUACUUUCUACUGUUAUUCUGCAUUAUGACAUUCUUGGAAUGCAUUACAUUGCCAAAAUAUAUAAAUACAUACAUAGCUAUGUACAGCCA